AUGGUUGCUCGAAGCGACGGCUCCGGCAGUGGCUUUAACGGCGACGACGAAGCUGGGCAUGGUAAACUCGGCUGGGCUACCGUAAUGGAAGAAGAUCGCGAAUCCCUGUACCCAGAGGGUCGUUGUACCCAAAGUAAAAAAUUGGGGGCCAAAAAACGUAAUAAUUUGGUGCUCAAGGAGAUAACCACCUCGGCUGCUACUAAAAGGCGUUACUCGAAAGUCUGGCACUAUACACCUGUUGACCGCAAUGAGAUUACUCUCAAUGCGAAGGGCAAGUCAAUAUGGCGCUGCAAAUACUGCGCAAAAGAGUAUCUAGAGUCUGGUGGAACAACUGUUAUUUCAGGUCACCUAAAGGACCGGCAUAACAUCGAUAUAUCCUCUACUCAAGAAGCCCGGACUGCAUUGAUGCAAGCCACCAUCGCCGACGCCUUUGAAAAAGCCCAGCAACUUACCAAUUACAAACGUCGCUGUCUCUCUACGGUUGCAACUCACGAUUUAGACCCCGCUGUUGUCGAACAACUAUACGACCCUACUUUGCUACCUGAAUCCAGAGAUCGACAACUGGCUGCCAAACUCCACUCCACCAUACGCACCUGGACCUUGCGGGCUUUCGAGGCUCAGAAGCAUCGAGUCAAACGCGAUAUCCAGUCAGCUCUCUCAAAAGUACACUUUACAGUUGAUCUCUGGACUUCCCCCAAUGCUCUUGCAAUUCUUGGCAUAGUUGCACACUACACAUCCGAAUCUGGCCAAUUAGAAUACUCCGUUCUGGCUUUAAGAGAACUCGAUGGGAAGCACUCGGGCCCGAAUAUGGCAGACUGCGUUAUGGAAGUUAUUGGCGACUAUGGAAUUGCCUCGAAAAGUGGGCUUUUUCAUGAUGGACAAUGCAGACAACAACAGUACAAUGAUGAAGGCUAUUUCGACGCUGGCGGCCGCAACCUCGUACGGGACAACUCUACUCGCUGGAACUCUUGGUAUGCGAUGAUCCGUGCUGCAACAAAGCUCAAGACUGCUAUCAACCUCUUUUGCCACCAAUAUCAAGAGAACAACGACGACCUGCUGUCGGAAAAGGACUGGCAAGACUUGCAAAAGCUCCGAGACGUCCUGUUGUUCUUUUAUGAUGCCACAACAGGUACAGAAGGUCGCAAUGCAACUAUUGACAGAGUGUUGCCGACAAUGGACUUCCUGCUUGAGCAGUUUGAGACUGCAAAGGAAACAUAUGCCAAUGACCCGUUUAUGAGUCCUUGUUGCAACUCUGGCUGGGCCAAGCUGGAUAAGUAUUACAGCUUGACGGACAGAUCGCCGGUCUAUAUUGCAGCACUAGUAUUAUCUCCACAGUGGAAGUGGGACUAUAUUGACAACAAUUGGCCUUCAGACUGGCGGGCACCUUGUCGGAAACAAAUGCUGGAUUUCUGGACUAAAGAAUAUAAAUCCACUGCAGUUACAGUCCCUACCCAGACGUCAGAAUCAGUUCAUGAGGUCAAGAACUCCUUCCACAAGUGGGCGCAGCAGAAGAAGGGGACUAGCCUUGAUCAGGACGAAUACACCAAGUAUCUUCUUGCUCCAUUAGUACCAGAACUCUAUGAUCUAUCCAUUAUGGCCAUAGAUGUGUUGUCCAUUCCGGCAAUGUCGGCGGAGCCAGAACGCCUAUUUUCGGGUACGAAAAUCACUAUUACGGACCGUAGGAACCGCAUGGGCAUUGAAAGCAUUGAAGCGACCGAAUGCCUCAAAUCAUGGCUUGGCAAAGGCAGCAGGGUAGCUUUUGCCGACGACGACCUUGAUCAGAGCGGAGAGAUUCCAUAG